AUGAACAACUGGCGCUGCCAAGUCCAGUCGUGUGCAAUUGGGCAGGUCUCCUCUACCAGAGAGUACAAGGCACUACGUGUCUCUAGAAUUGGUUACCGGCAGAUUGGUGACCGGCAGGUAUGUGAGAUUAUCACCUUUGAUGACAUGAACCAUGGAAGCUGGAGGAGAAAACAGGACCCUCCAUCCCAUAUCUGUAGCGGUCGCAAGAUGAGAUGCGUGGUCGUCGAUGGGAUGGUGUACUUCUUGAUGGACUUUUACUCCACAUACGUUGAAACUGGGGUUAUAACCAUUGAGCCUGGCAGCAUAGCUUAUUUCAACCUUGAGACGGAAGAGUGGGGUGUUCUACGUGGUCCAGAACAGGUGCAGAUGUUUGUGCAAGAGAAUGAGGAUUACAGUUACUCAAAACUUGAACUCCAGUUAUCAUUGGCUGAGUUGAAUGGUUGUUUGGUUAUGGUUCACAAUAUUCAUGACAUAUCUAUGGACUUGUGGUUUCUAACAGAUUUUGAGAAAGUUAUCUGGGUUAAGAAAUACAGCAUGCCUUCACAUGUUGCUAGGCCUUUUAGUUACCCUUUUCUGAUGUUAGAUGAUGGGAAGAUCUUCUUCAGUGCAGAGGGUAAUCUACAAGGUAUCCUUGGUAAUGGAGAGCCAGGAGAGGGAUUUCUGCUAAGUUAUGAUCCAAGGAAUGACACUUAUCCCGAUUCGCUAAAACUGAGAGACCCCAAAUCCAUUGGCAUUUAUACAGGAAGCCUGCUGAGUUUAUAG